CCGGGCCUCUCGUGUCGCGGGCGCCGCCAUCGGCCCUUUUCGAAACGUACGUGUUCCCGUAGUGACCGGUGUAUCCCUUUCCUUGCGUCGGUUUAUUUUUUUGUGGCCCUAGUUUCUCCCGAUUUGGUCGAAGUCGUCCCCCACCUCUAUCCCUCGGGAUAGAUUUUUUUAAAUCGAUUUUUUUGGGUGUCCUGGACUUUUUAAGGUGAGACCGGCGAAGGGAUUUAUGCUAUCAUCGGAAACCGAUUUUUUCUUGCUUCGACAAUCCUGGCUGCCUUAAUUGAACUAAGCCCUGAGGAGGAUAUACCAGACCGAAAUACCGAAAUGUGAUGCGUGAAACAACAAUCCAGGAGAAGAGAGAAGAAGGCUGUUCAAUUCCAAGACACCCGGGGAGACCAUGUAUAAAUGAAAGACCCGGACUGGUCAGUGGCAGCGACCGGGCUGAACUCGCUUUCUCUCUCGUGGCUCAAUGUCUCGUCCGCCGACGCGCACUCCUCGACCGGGGCCGGCAACUCGAGCCUCGGCCCGACCGCGGAGCUCCUCUCGGCCUGGCUCAGCUCCCCGGCGGCCAUCACCCUCCUCGUCUCCUUCUACAUCGUCGUCCUCACCAUCGGCCUCUUCGGCAACACCCUCGUCGCCGUCGCCAUCCUCAGCCAGAAGCUAAUACGCAACUUCCUCCUCCUCAACCUCUGCAUCUCCGACUUCUUCGUGUGCAUCAUGAGCGGGCCCAUCUCCAUCGCCGCCGCCCUCAAUCACGUCUGGAGCCUCGGCGCCGUGUCCUGUAGGCUUGCCUUCUUCUUCCAGACGAUCCCGGUAGCGGCCUCGACCCUGUCGCUGAUGAUGCUCUCGCUGGACCGGUACACGUCGAUCAAGCACCCGCGGAUCAUGACGCGGGCCCAGUCGGCGACGCGGGUGCAGCACUGGAUGGUGGCGGCCAUCUGGCUCCUGGCGGCCCUCGUCUCCGGGCCGCUCCUCUGGGCCCGGCACGUCUCGCCCGGCGGCGGCUGCGAGGAGCUCUGGCCCUCGCGCUCCUUCCGCGCCGCCUACACGGUCGUCCUCAUGCUCGUCGUCUACGUCGUCCCCAGCCUCACCGUCGCCAUCUGCCACCACUCCGUCGGACACAAGCUCUACGCCACCUCCCUCAAGGCCGCCGCCGCCAACGGGGAUAUCCCCCUCCCCAUGCCGAUUAUCCCCAACCGGCCCAAGGAGGUCAUUAUCAUCGCCUCCGUUCAUAACGACGCGCCUUCCAAGAUCAUGCAGUUCCGUGCGGAGGAGGAGUCUGAGUCGUCGGUGAGCGACACGAGGCGGGGCGAGAAGGGAUCCGGGUUCCGGCACCACCGCCACGCGGCCAUCCGCCGGAAAAAGCGCGAGCGGGAGCGGGCAGCGGGGCGGCGGAGCGGGCGCCACGCCCACGGCCACGCCCAGGAGGGGGCGGCAACGGGCGGUGCCGGCGGCUCCAAGGUCACAAGGCUCCGCCCCGGCCCGCCCACCGCUGCCCCCAAGCCCCGCCCACCGCUCACCAAGCAGAUGUCGCGCCAGUCGCUCAACUCACGCAAGCGCCUCGCGAACAUGCUCGUCGCUAUGGUCGUCGUCUUCGUUACCUGCUGGUUCCCCUACGUCAUUGUCAAGGUCUCUUUGGAGUUCGACACGGAGAUGGAAGAGCUUCUCCGUUCGGUGCUGCCGUUCUGCCUCCUCCUAGGCCACACCCACUCGACCAUCAACCCGCUGGUCUACUGGUCGCUCAACCGGCAGUCGCUCCAGCUCAACGCCUCCUGCUACGACUGGCUCAAGCGAGGCAACCGCGACAGCUCCCACCAGGAGUCCAAGUUCUACUUCGCCAACCACCUCCGCUUCCUCUCGAACCACAACCCCGGGCGCCAGAAGCACCACCCCCCGCCCUCCUCCACCAACGAGGCCGCCCUCGGCGUCUUCCACCCCCGCUACACCGUGCCCAAGCCCCAGAACCGGCUCAACCAGAAACGGGAGUCUUCUGUCUAUCUGGCUUGAGCCUUCCACCGGCCGCAGCGCACGGUGGAUUGAGCGAAUAGGAGAGGUUGGACAGAAUUUGGAAACUUUAAACGCUUAUAACUCCGUUAAUACAAAACUUAAAGAUUUUAAAAAUGGUUCCGAUGGUUUCCUCGUGAAAUUUUCUUCAAAAAGCACCCCUUAAAAUUUAAAAUGUGACGAAAUAAAUAUCAAAGGUUGCAGUUUUAGUCAAAUAUUCCAUGUCCGAACUCUCUGAUUGACGCGAUCCACUGUGCAGCGGGCCGAUCCUCGAAUAUCCAUAUCCACUCAAGUAGAAUUUUACAACGGGAAAAUCGCGGUAUUUUGAAAUUAAUUUGCGAUUUUUUUACAGUUUGUAGGUGAUAACAUCGCUGGGAUCAUCAAUAUCUGAGCGAUUAUCCUCGGUCUUGUCCAGAUUUUAUCUCUGUAAAGUCGCGUUCGACAAAAUCGAAAUUUUAUUUCAAUUUAUCGCGAUUUUUUUCGAUGAUAUUCCGAUAAAUUGACGGCGAUAACACUGGAAAAAAGACACAUUGGAUCUAGAGUCCAGACUCUUAAAAAC